GUUUUCAUUCCAUUUGCUGUUGAAUUUAGAAAAUCAAUUGAGAAUUGGCGCCGCUACAAAGCGGAACAUCGGUGGUGGAGCUCUGACAGCCCAAAGAAUCGCUCUGAGUUCGGUUUUAAAAUUGAAUUCAAUCCACAUAACUUCCGAGGAGUGCUACUACCGAAAGCUGCUGGAAAAUGCAUCGCGCCGAAAGCUCACAACAACUUGUCAAAAUCUUCAUUUUGGCAUUUCUAUGCAGUGAAAUGCAUUCAAGCUUCACACAAUCCAAUGCCGCCGAACAGCCUUUCAAUAACUAUGCCAGCAGCAUAAAUGGCAGUGAGGCAUCGUUGGAGCAUGCGCGCUAUCAGGCCUCCAUACGCUUAGCAUUGGAAGACUACAUUUUCGGAGAGGGCCACAUAUGCGGAGGCGCUGUAAUUGCCCCCUCUGUAGUACUCACCGUCGGACAGUGUGUACACAAUUACCGCACGCAGACAUCGCGUCACCCGGCUGAGCUGAAAGUUGUUAUGGGUACAUUGAAUCGUUAUCAACGCACCGAGCACACGCUGGUUUACGGUGUGACACACGUACAUCAACCGAAGACAUUCAGCGCACGCACUUUACGCGAUAACAUAGCGAUUAUAAUGCUGGAACGUGAUAUUCCACCCGCACAUCCCACUGUAAAACCGAUUGCUUUGAGUUCGAAGACAUUCCGCAGCGGCGAGGCGCCAGAAAUGCUAAGCGAUUCAGUUGAGCGGCAGACGUUUGAGGUGACCAGCUGGUUUGCUACAGAGCAGCGCGUUCCUUACACUCAGCUCAUGUCGCUCAAUGCCUCACAACUGAGUGAUGAACAAUGUGUGGAAAAGUAUGGCCCCCUCUAUGGACCGGAUACGGUGUGUAUUGGAUAUAAAUAUGGGCAACAAGAAGCCGCUUGUGAGCAAGACGCCGGUUCACCUUUGAUCCACAACAAUCAGCUGCUGGCGCUUACCUCAACACAAAGCGUCGAUUGCAAAAAGAUUUCACAACCAGUCGUUUUCGUUGAUGUCGCCCAUCACGCCAAGUGGAUUUUGGAGCAAAUCGGUGAUGGAACAAAUUGUAACAGCUCCGUUUGGGGCACUCUGGCAUUCUUACUCUUUACAAUUUGGACAGCGAAACGCGCGAAAUGGCAUAAGUUUUUGCUUUGAAUAAAAGCUGUAAUUGGGAGAUACAUUUUUUUAAAUUUUUUUAGUUUUAAUGUACCAUAGUUUGAUAGUUACGAAACUAUUCUCAACCACGUUUCUUAACCUUUUAAGAAGAAUUUAAUAAAGGCUGAAUUUUGUUAUUCUGUAAA